CAGCCACGCCGUGCGUACACUGCUACACGUAGAGUGCCGUAGGUAAUAGUCACGAAACAUGUGCGUAAUUGUAUCCGUUGAACUUUUGAGUUGUGCGGGUUUUUUUGGAUUACGGUUCCCGAAGAAUUUGGACGCCGUUUUGCGCCACUGAAGCGCUGCUUUUGCGCCGAGUGACCGAGGAAGGUUUACCCCCUAGGACAGAGCGCGUUCCGCGUUCACAAAGGCGAUCCCGUGGGAAAAUCCCAAGAGCCUCUUUAAAGAUGCGAAAAGAAAAAGGAGCCUCUCGUCUUUUCAUUUCGUUCAUGGCGCUGGCUGUGCUGUGUGAGAGCAGGGUGGUGAAAGUGCCCACUGGUCCACUGGUGCGUGUCGAGGGCCAGACUGUGUCGAUUCGUUGUGAUGUGUCGGAGUAUGAGGGGCCGCCUGAACAGGACUUUGAAUGGACACUGGUGCAGGAAAGGGAAAUCAAUCUCGUCUCCACUUUCGAUCAGAUGUUCACAGAUGCAUCGAUGAAAGACCGGGUGAACAGUGGUGAUAUUGGUAUUACAAAACUGGCAAAUAAUGCAGUAGAGCUGACAAUUAAAAAGGCCAGGGCAUCAGACAGCGCCACCUAUCGAUGCAGCACACCCAGCACCGAUUCGGUCAUCCAAGGGAACUACUUUGCCGAGGUGGAACUUAAAGUUAUUGGUGACUCUUUAAAAGUGACUCCAGCGAUUUCUCAGCCGACAGUCUCGGAAGGCGAGUCAGUGAAUCUGCAGUGCAACAUCAAACGGUCCUUCUCAGCAUACACUUCCCUGUCUGUCACUUGGUCUAUUAGAAAAGGGGCUGCACCAUUGGAAGAGCUCUUGACAUUUGGACCAGAUGAUCAAAUGAAGUUGGGACAAAACUUUGCCCAGCGUUAUGCAGAUGGUGAACUUAUCUUGGGGCUCUCUGGCGGUGGCAAUUAUGGCUUGAAUCUGAAGGGUCUAAAACCAAUGGAUCAGGGUGCGUAUGUAUGUACAGGCAGAGAGUGGACAAGGCAGCCCAGGGGAGAGAAGGGCUGGCAGAAAAUUCUAGAAAGGAGUGAAGAAAUGGGGAAUGUUUCAGUCACACCCUUAGCCCAGUCCUUGGUGGUUACUCUGGAGAACAAUGCUACACUCAGCGUAAAGGACACUCUGAACCUGACCUGCUCAGUAGCUGCUAAAGGCUUGCUUUCUCUGGGCAUGGAGGUGGUAUGGCUGGUUAAGGGAUUUACCGACUCGGACAACCAGCGAGUGCUGCUCCAUGUUGGACGUGAUGGCCAAGUGCUGAGUGGGUCUGAGCUUGUGGGCAUGAGUCGGAUUCAGCCAGGCACCUUCAGGCUUCUCUUACCCAAUUUGCAGCCCUCAGACUCCGGCUUGUACUUGUGCCAAGUGAAAUUCUGGUUGCCUCAGGGCACUGGGGGAUGGUAUAAGGCCGCUGAGAAAACCUCUGAUCCUAUCCAAGUCCGGGUAACACAGCUUGAACCAGAUUUUAAGGUGGGUCUCACAGCCUCUAAGAUCCCCCAGUUCACAGAUGACCCCACUGAGCUGCUCUGUGAGGUGACUGACCUACUGAACAUGCAGGAUGGGCGACUGGCUGUCACCUGGUCCUAUGCUAAUAUGCCAGAAGACACAUCUCAAACUGUUACCACUAUCGCGUCCAGUGAUUAUCAAGGGGUACUAGUGCCAGGAGACUUGUAUCAGCAGCGGCUGGUUAAUGGACUUAUAGCAGUGACUCGCAGCAGUCUGAGCACCUUCAGCCUGCAACUGCUGCACAUUCAGGAUAAGGACAAGGGCUUUUACUCCUGCAGUGUGGCUGCCUGGACCCGUGGCCACCAGGGAGAUUGGAACAAGGCCAAAGAGCUCAAGUCCAUUCCAGUCGAAGUCCAGUGGUCCUCAAAGACACCAGUGCUCAGUGUGACAGCUGCUCAAGCAAGAGGUGCCAUGACAGGCGGCUCCACAUUUGAAAUGAGAUGCCAGGUGACUGGCCACAACAUACAAAACCCCAGCUAUUCGGUGCUCAUUCGCUACCAAGAGACGGAGAGUGGAAAGUCACGGAAAGUUCUGUCGCUGAGUGCUGACUCCAUACUGCAGCUGGAGGAAGGAAUUGUGCCCAGCCGUGCUGAUAGCGUAGCUCUAGAUAAGACUCGCCCAUUAGAGUAUAGCUUCCGUCUGUAUGGGGCUCGAGUCUCUGACCGAGGCUUCUACUACUGUGAUGUGACAGCCUGGACACGUGAUCAGAGCAACACAUGGAACAGAGGAGUCAGUGCUGAAUCCCAAAAAAUACAGCUUGCCUUUGCUGACACAGGUCCAGUAUUUAAUGUGUCUACUUAUUCGGACAGUACUCAGGUGUUGCCUGGGGAAACAGUCAAACUUAAGUGCAUCAUGUCUGUACAAGGGGCCACAUCUAACACAGGUGAGGUGGCAUAUGACGUUGAAUGGUUCCAGAGUCCAGUACAGGCGAUGGAGAAUGGUGAUGUUUCCCUGAUCAGCAUGGAUCACUGGGGAGUGGUAAAGAAGAGCAGAGAAAAUGGGAGCUCGCAGUAUAGUAUAGAGCGCACAAACAGGGACACGUUUGUGCUCACUGUUCACCACAUUCAGGACAGGGACAUGGGCUCAUACUACUGCACAGCCAAGCUCUGGCAUUUCUCUCCUGACACUCGACUUUGGAAUGAGGGGCAGACACUCACCUCUGCCCCAGCCUUUCUUGCCAUCAACCUAGCAUUGUGGGACUCCAUGAAGAGCCCAGUAUUAUAUGGCCUUGGAGCAGCUCUAGUUGUUGCUCUACUGUCCAUUGUUCUUGGAUUUAUCACUUCCCGCUGCUGCUUCUCCAGAAACCCGAUGCACACACCACGCAGCAAGCUCAUGGAGAUGGAGAUGGACUGAUCCGCAUGACCCAAACCAGUCCUCGUUCUUCUAAUGUGAACUCUUUUUACUUUAACCCACUUCGAGAUAGCAUGGCUGCUAAUGUUCUUAUAAAUUGUAUUGAGCCACAAGUAUUCAAAUAUGUGUGAGUGCACUGUUUCAAGGGAGAAAAGGAGAGUCUUUACUACGUACGUGCACUGAGGAGGAUGUGGUCGCUCCAGUGAGACGCACUUGCCAUAACUCAGGAUUAUCUUGCUGAUGGUGGCCCCAUCCACCUUAAUGACUGUUCUCAACAGCUGUCCUGGGUUUCAAUGUUUUGGGAAGCAUUUCAUCAGGAAUAACAUCUUUAUCUCCCUAAAGGCAUAGAACUGCACUGUGGUGCAUCAGCUAUCAGAGCUACAUAACGAGGAGCAGAUUUUUAUUCCUGUAUGAAGAGCUCUUGUAAAAGAGCUGCUGCUGCUGCACAAGACACAUGGAACAAGUAGGAAAGCAUAAUCUAGAUUCUGCUUUCAUUCUCCCUUCAUUGCUCCAUGCCCAUUUCAGAUUCAGCCCCUGUCAUGACAGCAGCCAUGCAUAUCCUGCAUCUAACCAGCCUGCCUGUCAGUCAGAGUAGAGUCCUGCUGUUCAGAAGAGUGUUAUUCAGGAAUCCAGCUGACCAUCACUAAUGGCCGGGGGCAUCGUUUCCUGAUCUGCUUCCACAAUGCACCCCUCUUUCUUUUGCACACACUGCAAUCUAUUAGGGUAUGGUUGGCUACAAGCUAGACCCCAUUGUCCUAAUGAUCAGUUACUUGAACUGGGCACUAUGCGGGAGAAAGUGUGUCCUCCUUGUAUACAACAUGCUGGCCUUUCAAAAAACCCUGAUAAAUAAUGUUCCACUUCAUGCUCACAAAUGCUCUCUUUCCUCAAUAUAAUGCUUACAUACUAAUGCAGUCAUUUACUAAUUUUAAAAUGCAUUAUUUCCCCCCUACCCUAGAAAAUAGAACAGCUGCACUGUCAUUGCCCUGAAACUGCACUCAACCGCUCUUGUCCUCGUCUGCUUUGAAAGCAACAGCUGUUGUCCAGCAGUCUUCUAUUAUGUGACUGAGAAUCCAUCUACAGUAUGAGCUUGGCUGUAUUGAUUUAAAGUAGGAUUAUGUACUUGUUGGUAAAGAAUUCUUUAGGAUGAAGCUGACCCAGAACAUACAAAUAUUCUGCACUGUACUGCUGCAUGAUGGGACUUUUUUCCUAAGAUCACUUUUAAGAUUUGAUGUUUUAUUGCUGUUUUAAUUAGUAUUUUGGGGAAUGUUUUAAAACAUUUAAGUUUGAAAUCGAUUCUCAACCUAGUGCAUCUUUUCUGCACUCACGUUUCUGACUUUUAAUGAAAUGGAUUUUUAAACAAGGAUUAAUACAUAAAACAGGAUACAAUUCCUCAAAAUUUAUACCAGAAUAAAGGUUUUCAAUAACCAAAA